UGCAGUACACCCUAAUAACGCGAGGGGGCGGUAAGCAACCAUUUACCUCGAACAAUGUUCAGCGUUGAAAUGGUCUUUGUUUUUUAGCAGUUUCCUGCUCAUUCCAAACCUCAAAACAAUGUACGACAGUUACCAGUAUGAUCAGCAUCAUCUUGAGGAACAGAGUGUAAAUCCAUAUUGCACCAUGGACUAUUAUUCUGAAAAUCCUACUGAGGAGUCUGUAAUGAGACAGCAGGCCAUCCACCAGGAUCCAUCGGUUCAUCAGGAACCUGGUUACAGCAGCUAUCUUCCACCCUCGAACCACAACCAGGUGCAUCACUGCCAGCAGAGCUUCAGGGAGCAUCAGUACCAACAUCAUGCUUCAGCUUUGCACCAUCAGCAGCAACAGACAUCAGAGUUUCAGCAUCAGCACCAUUAUCCUUCUUCAGCCUUGCACCACCACCAUCAUCAGCAGCAGCAGCAGCAAACUUCAUCUGAGUUUUACCCUCAGCUACAGCAGAAUCCCUCCGCUGCAUAUAAUCCGUACCAUCAGCUUCAGCAGCAGCUUAAAACUGAGCUUCACCCUCAGCAGCACCGACCGCAUCCUUCAGCCUUAUACCACCCUUACCAUCAGUCCCACCAGCAGCAACAGCUUAACACUGAGCAGCACCCUUCAACUCUGAAUUACCCUCACUAUCAGAUGCAGGAGCAACCUGCACCCCAGCCCCCCCCUCAGCACCAGUAUACAGUGCAGCAGGGAGGGCCAAGUAUUCAGUUCAAGACUGAGCCUUCUGAUGUACCUCAACCUGUGACACCAGCAAAGAAGAAGAGAGGCCGGCCUUCCAAACAGCAGGUAGAAGAAGAAACACUUGAAGAGGAGAAUGACAUUGUAGCUGCCAAAAAAGCCAAGAGGACUCUGAACCGCUUUAACGGCAUGUCAGUGGAAGAAGUCAUGGCCAAAACUCUGCCGGAUGUCAUCACCUACAAUUUGGAUAUUUUGAUAAUAGGGAUUAAUCCAGGACUGCUGUCAGCAUUCAAAGGACAUCACUACCCAAACCCAGGAAAUCAUUUCUGGAAAUGUCUAUUUCUGUCUGGUCUGACUGAAGAGCAGCUCAACUACAUGCACGAUCAGAACCUGCCAGAGAAGUACAGCAUCGGCUUCACCAACAUGGUAGAGAGGACCACGCCUGGAAGCAAGGACCUCUCCAGUAAGGAGAUUCGUGAAGGAGGUCGACAGUUACUUGAAAAGCUGCAAAAAUACAAACCAUUAAUAGCAGCUUUUAAUGGCAAAGGUAAAACAUAUUCUGUCGCUGAAUUUUUGUCAAUCUGUGCCUACAGCAUUUACACAACAAAUGAUGAAGACCGAAGGUUUGGAUGUAACGCUUUUAAAUGUACUUUUUCUUUUGUAGGCAUUUACGAAAUCUUUUGUAAAGAAAUAUUUGGUGUGAAAGCCAAAAAUCUGGAGUUUGGCCUGCAGCCCUACAAAAUCCCAGAAACUGAAACGGUUUGCUACUUGAUGCCAUCAUCAAGCCCCCGCUGUGCACAGUUUCCACGUGCACAAGAUAAGGUACAUUUUUACAUCAAGCUUAAGGAGCUGCGGGAUCAGAUGAAAGGCCUGCUCCCUGGCGGCGAGGUGGUGGAGACGCAAUACUCUUUUGACCUGCAGCUCGCUAAAGAGGAUGCUAAAAGACUCUCAAUCAAAGAAGAACAAGUGGAUCCAGAGUAUGAAAGCUGCACUGGGCUGCAGACAGAGCUGAGACAAAGCAGCUGAUGCUGAAGAGCAAAGAAAAGUGGACCAGUUUGCCUUAGCACUCAGUAUCGGCUUCAGCAGGCAUGUCCGAAGACGACCCCAUCAAGGACCUCCUGAACUCGGGUUGUUUGUUCAUCAGAGAGGCAAAAAUCAGCUGAUUGCGAGACACCCCAGUGAUGAAGACAAACCUCAUCAUGAGAGAAAAAGAUUCUCAGACUUUUAUAAUUCCACACAAUGAACUGCAAUCUGUUUACAGGCAUGAAUUAUUGUUAUUGUUUUAGUAAUGUUUAUUGCAUUUUGUAGGUGAUGUUUUUAAAUAUUUAUUUUGAAUUUGAUAACUUCGCUUUGUAUGUUGUUUUUUAUUUGUGAAGAAAAGUCCUUCACCUGAACCCCAAGAAUUCAUUAUUAUAACUUGUUAUUAACUAACUGUGCAGCAUUAAUAAAUCUGGAAAUGUAAUUGAAUAUAAA